CAAUGAGAACACUACGCAGCAUACUUGUGUUGUUCGUGAUUAUUGGUACGGGUGCGUCCGUUGAGACUUACGAAGACGGGACAUCCAUUUGUGACAGAUGCACAUGUUUGAUCGCUAACAAAAGCUCUACCGUGCUGAGCUACGACUUGCUGGAUUGUUCCCGCAAAAACUUGCAGCACAUGAUCGGAAGCUGGCCGGAACGCUUCAUUACAACCGAUCCGGAGCGUGAGAUUGUCCUGUCGUUAUCGUUUAAUAACAUUACCAAACUACAGCAACUGCCGGCCACCAACACGACCCUAGUGUUUAGCUGUCGCCACUGCAAUCUGGAAAGCCUUGCCGGGGGUUUGUUUAUAGACACGGCCAACAUUUUGCGUGUUGAUUUAAGCUUCAACAAACUACCCGGUGAUUCACUCAGUGGCGAUGUCUUUCGGGGACAGUACAGCGCAGCGGAGAACGGUGUACCGUUGCUGUUGGACGAGCUGGAUCUAUCCUCGAACGUGAUAACGCAGCUGCAGGAUGAUGCAUUUGAGCAUAUCGUCAGCUUACGCCAUCUAUCCCUCGCCCACAAUCCCCUCGGCCAGAUAUCGUCCAACACGGCGCGUGCAUUAGCGCAGCUGGUUAACGUAGAACACCUGGAUUUAUCGUACGCCUCGCUAACGGACAUCGAUGAAACGGUGUUUGGUGAAAUGAGGGCGCUCAGCGAACUCUACCUUCAAGGAAACCUGUUCACAACGAUACCGCAAGCAGUUUAUCAGCUGGUAUCGUUGCAGUUUCUACAUCUGGCCGAAAACCCAAUUGAAGUGCUAACCUUUGCCCAGCCACUGGAACAGCUAGUUCAGAUAAAUGUCAGCAGCAUGUCAGCGCUGCACACUGUAGAGAUUGAUACAUUUCAAAAUGUUAAACUACUAAGAACAUUCACGGGACGGAACAAUACGGCACUGGAAGUGUUUGACCUGACAGUAUUGCAACAUGUAUCCGGCUUGAAAGAGCUGGAUCUAGCCCAAUCGAACCUAAAACACCUGCAUACACCAGUAGAGGAUGGUACCUUUGUACAGCACGACGAGAGUACAUACACCAACGCUCUUGAGGUACUGUUACUGAACGAAAACCCAUGGCACUGUGACUGUGCCCUUCAGCAAGUGCUUCAGUUGGUACGGUUUUCCAACCUACCGGACUACGACGAGGAGGACGAGACGCGCUGCGAAACGCCCUACCUACUGACAACCUUGCACCUGUCCGAUCUAACCCACAUCGAGGUAUGCGAUCAGCCGGUACACGAUGGUCCAAGUAAUGCGGUGUACGAGAAGCCCGCCUUUCUGCGACCCGGUGCCAUUUUCCUGUCGCUACUUUCGGUAGGCAUCGUCGUUGGUCUAGGCAUCAUUAUUGGGCUAGUAAUUGUGUGCCUUAAGCGAAGGCUCAAGGCGCAGGGGUUAGGUUUUACUUCCCCUGUUCGGUACACCUCGGUAAGGGAGAGUACAACGUCGGCAGUGUAUCAAACAUAUCCUUCCGCAAAGUGA